UAAUUAACUUUAAUCAUCCCAGAAACAUCUUGAGUUUCCCCCCGCCUUGGCUCCAAGCAGCCCCAGGGGCACGGGUGGUGCUGUCCCUUCGUCCCCAAGUGCCCAUCCUCGCUGGUGCUCUGCUCCAGGACGGGCUGGGGAACGCGGUCACAGCCAAGCUGAGACAUAAAAUUGCAGCAUGGUGCAAGAGAAACACUCUUCUGGAGCACAAACUCAGGACUUUGAGCUGAUGAGGAGCUGGGUUUGGGGUGAGAUGGAGCUACCACGCGCAGCUGGAAGGAGGGAUGCCAUGAAGAGGGAGCGAUGGUGCUGAGCAGGGCCAGCAUCUUUUGGAGUCAAUUUAGGAUGAAUUAAGUGUCCAGCUUCGACAGCUUUGGAGGCUCCGGCAGCAGCAGCCCGCGGACUUCCCAGCGUGUGCACUCACCAGCUGAGCUGUUCUCCCUCCGGAGGCCAGGAUUUGAUGGAUGGGCUCACACAAUGAAUUAAGCAUCGCUGCAGAGUGCGGAGCUGGAUUUGGGCUUGCAAGCACACUUCUCCAGGCUUGCCUGUGUUUUGUCCUUUCCCACAGAUGUCCUUGGAGGCACAUUUGCCCUGUUAAUUAGAACUGGGGAUUUGAGGCAAUGUGGAAAUUUGGUCCAGAGAAAAUCCAUAUGAACUUAGAGAAAACAAACCUGGACAGUGAGUUACUUGCAGAAAGUCCCGUGCUUGGGGAACCUGGACCGUUGUGUGACGUGGCUGGGAACUGCUUGGCUCUGGCAAUGCUUGUGGAGACCAUGGUGGCGAGGGGAGAAGGCAGGAUACAAACCACAGCUUUCCCUGAUGGUCUGCUGCUCCUACAGUCGCCUCUACUCUGCCCACACGUUGUUAAUGGACUACUUAUUUCUCCAGUUCUUCACUGGCUGAGGAUGAGCCUCCCCAGACAGUCUCCUCGGUGGCCCUGUGGGCGAGAGGCCCCCGUUUCCAUCGGCUGCUCUCAACCACUCGGGCGUCGCCGUGCUGCUUUGCAGAGGUGCCUUUGGAGAUUCUGGAAGCAGCCGCCUGGUGACCUCUAUCUUGGAAACCAUUUCAAUCCAGGGCUUUAUUUCCUAAUUUCAGAGCUCUGAGCCCACAGCUCCUCCUCAAGUUACAGCUGGGGGUUGCGAAAGUCCAUGCAGCGCGAGUCGUUCGUCCAAAGAGAGGCCGGGCUCUGGCCCUGCCUCCCCAGCAGCGCUGUAUAAAAGCUUUGCUUUUUGCAGGAACCUCCUCCCGAGCCCCAGCUCCUCACCUCCCACAGCCUCAGCUCACGGCUCUCACCUCCCUGAGGACUGCACAGGACACCAUGGUGCGGCGAGUGGCCGUGGUGGGUGCGGGCAUCAGCGGGCUGGCGGCCAUCAAGUGCUGCCUGGAAGAGGGGCUGGAGCCCACCUGCUUCGAGAGGAGCGAGGACAUCGGCGGGCUGUGGCGCUACACGGAGCAUGUGGAGGAAGGCAGAGCAAGCAUCUACCGCACCGUCUUCACCAACUCGUGCAAGGAGAUGAUGUGCUACCCCGACUUCCCCUUCCCUGACGACCACCCCAACUACAUGCACAAUGCCCGGCUCCAGGAGUACAUCUGUGACUAUGCCCGGCACUUUGACCUGCUGCAGCACAUCCGCUUCAAGACCCUGGUCACCAAGAUAAGGAAGCGCCCUGACUUUUGUGCUACCGGGCAGUGGGAGGUGGUUACGCAGAGAGAUGGGAAGGAAGAGGCGGCUGUUUUUGAUGCUGUGAUGAUUUGCUCUGGGCAUCACAUCUACCCAAACCUCCCCCUCGACCACUUCCCAGGGAUAGAGAAGUUUAAAGGCUGCUACUUCCACAGCCGGGAGUACAAGGAGCCAGAGAAGUUUAGAGGGAAGAAGGUGCUGGUGGUCGGCUUGGGCAACUCUGGCUGUGACAUCGCUGUGGAGCUCAGCUCCGUGGCUUCACAGGUUUACCUGAGCUCACGAAGCGGGUCCUGGGUGUUGAGCCGCGUCUGGGACCACGGCUACCCCUGGGACAUGGUGAUCAUCACCCGCUUUCGGACGUGGCUGGGCAACAUCCUCCCCAAGGCGGUCAGUGACUGGCUGUAUGUGAGGGGCAUGAACCAGCUCGUAAAGCACGAGAACUUUGGCCUCAUGCCAGUGAACAGAACAUCCCGCAAGGAGCCGGUGUUCAACGAUGACCUCCUGAGCCGCAUCGCCUGUGGCGUGGUGUUGAUCAAGCCAGACGUGAAGGAAUUCAGAGAAACAUCCGUCUUGUUCCAAGAUGGGACUGUGCAGGAUGAUGUGGAUGUGGUUGUCUUUGCCACGGGUUACACUUACUUCUACCCUUUCAUGGAGGACGAUUCCAUCAUCAAGAGCAGGAACAAUGAGGUCACCCUCUACAAGGGCAUCCUCCCCCCUCAUCUGGAGAAGCCAACCAUGGCAGUCAUCGGGCUGGUCCAGUCCUUUGGGUCCGCCAUUCCGACAGCAGACCUCCAGUGCCGCUGGACAAUCAAGGUGUUCCAGGGUCUGUGCACCCUCCCGCCCGUCAGCAAGAUGAUGGACGACAUAGAUGAGAAGAUGGGGAAGAAGCUCCAGUGGUAUGGGAGCAGUACCACGCUGCAGACCAAUUAUAUCACCUACAUGGACGAGCUGGCCUCAGCCAUCGGCGCAAAGCCCAACGUGCUCAAACUCCUGGUGACGGACCCGCGGCUGGCCCUGGAGGUCUUCUUCGGGCCCUGCAGCCCCUACCAGUUUCGGCUGACGGGGCCAGGGCAGUGGAGCGGGGCCAGGAGAGCCAUCCUCACCCAGUGGGACAGGAUGCUGCGGCCCAUGAGGACACGCAUAGCCCCUGACGCCCCCAGCAUCUUCCCCAUCCCGGCCAUGCUGGGGGUGCUCUUCCUCCUGCUUCUCCUCCUCCUCACUGCACUCUACUUCUAGGGGAGCAGGGAGCAAUGCGGACGCACCAAGUGGGGUUUGUGCAUGGGUUGCUUUCUCCUGCUGGCCACCCAGGGAAAUGUGUGCUGCUUGGCUCAUUACCCAGAUAAUUCAUCAAGAGUUUCC